GCAAACCCUUCCAUCCCUUGCUCUACAUUACUUCCUUGGCAACACUGCAAGUCAAGCCAGGCCAGACACUCGGUACAAUGAAGGGAGUAGCAUCCUUUGUCCUGCUUGCUGCCCUCGCCUCUCCGGCCCUCGCAGCCCCUGACCGAAGAUUCCCUAAGACGGGCAAGGAAUGGACGCCGCAGUCUCUGGUGAACCCUGACGAGCUUGGGGACUACUUCGAGGGUGACAUUGUGCUGCCCCUUCCCCCCAUGUGCAGGAAUGGACUUAUUGACGAGAAGUACCGCUGGCCGGGAGGAAGAGUGGCUUAUAAAUUCGACACUACCUACUCUGAAGACGACAAGGACAAGGUGAGGAAGGCCAUGAAUGAGUACGAGACACAAACAGGUGGCUGCAUCUCCUUCCACGAGCGCACCAGUGAGGACGACUACAUUCUCUUCAAGCACGAUGAAAACGACGGGUGCCACAGCUCAGUUGGCAAGCGAGGCGGCAGGCAGACCAUCAACUACCCCGACUGGUGCCUUAACAGAUUCGGCUCCACCCUCCACGAGAUGUACCAUGCUCUUGGCUUCCACCACGAGCAGUCCCGCUACGACCGCGACGACUAUGUGACCAUCAUGUGGGACAAUAUUGAGCCUGGACACGAGCACAACUUCAACAAGUACUCGAGCAGCGUGAUCAGCGGGUUCGGCGAAGAUUACGACUACGGCUCCGUCAUGCACUAUUCCGCCCACGCCUUCUCCGUUAACGGCGAGAAGACUAUUGUGACCAAGGACCCCAACGCUCAUAUCGGACAGCGCGAUGGCCUGAGUCCCGUGGACUGGGCCAAGCUGAAGAAUAUGUACAAGUGUUAAGACAUCUUCCCAGCCCAUCACGGUUAAUUA